AAGACAUACACAUGGAUGACCAUAUUAUUAUGUAACAUCAAAUUGGACCUCAAAGUCCAAUCCAUUUCGAUUUAUUUCUUUUUUUUCUCUCUCCCCCCCUCCCCUCUCUCUCUCGACCGAAACCUUAUCGCUUCUAAAAAGUCCCAACUUUGCCCAACACCCUUCCCCGUCCCCCACCCCAACCCCAAAAACCAAUUGGUCCAAUUAGGUUUCUCGGGUUCAAGCCCAAUUCCCCUUCGCCUCUCUCCCAGAAACCCUAGAUCUAUCGCAGUUGCUGAGGAGUGGAUUUCCGCCGUCCGGUGCUGUACGACACCGUAUUUUGGUCUCGCGGACUCCGAUUUCUCAACAGGACUUCACUUCUCAUCCGAGAUGUCAACGCCUAUUGAGAAUAAUGAACUGGCCAAUGUUGAAACACAGCCAAACAAGAGGAGGAAAAAGAAAUCGAUAGUCUGGGAACACUUCACUAUAGAACAUGUGGGUGGAGGAUGCAGAAGGGCUAGCUGCAAGCAAUGCAAGCAAUCAUUUGCAUACAGCACUGGUUCAAAAGUUGCUGGUACAAGCCACCUGAAACGACACAUUGCCAAGGGGACCUGCCAUGUAGUCCUUCGUAACCAGGAGAGGAAUCAGUUAACUCCAUACAGUGCACCAGGCAAAAUAAGUGGGACUGUGAAUGGCAUUGAUACACCCAAGCGUCGAUACAGAACUGCUGGCCCUCCUUAUUUUGGGUUUGAUCCUGAUCUUUGCCGCCAUGAGAUAGCUAGGAUGAUCAUCAUGCAUGAUUACCCCCUUCACAUUGUUGAGCACCCUGGCUUUAUUGCUUUUGUCCAGAGUCUUCAGCCUCGAUUUGACAUGGUGAGCUUCAAUGCUGUCCAAGGGGAUUGUGUAGCAACCUACCUGAGGGAAAAGCAAGGUCUUCAGAGGCUCAUUGAAGGAAUCCCGGGACGGAUAUGCCUUACACUGGACUUGUGGACUUCAAGUCAUACCUUAGGCUAUGUAUUUUUGACUGGUCACUUCAUUGAUAUUGAUUGGAAGUUGCAUAGGAAAACACUAAACGUUGUUAUGGAACCGUAUCCUGAAUCGGAUGCUGCUUUCAGUCAUGCUGUUGCUGCUUGCCUCUCUGAUUGGAGUAUGGAGGGAAGAUUAUUCACACUUACUAUAAAUCAACCCUUAAGUGAAGCUGCAAUUGAUAAUCUUAGAGCUUUACUCUCCAUCAAGAACCCACUGAUGCUUAACGGUCAGCUAUUGGUUGGGGAUUGCCUUGCUCGUACUUUAAGCAGCAUAGCCCAAGAAGCAUUAAGGGUAGCGCAUGAUAUUGUCAAGAAGAUUAGGGAUAGUGUGAAGUAUGUUAAGACGUCAGAAUCCCAUGAGGAACAGUUUCUCGAGCUGAAACAACAACUUCAAGUUCCUAGCACAAAGACCCUUGUUCUUGAUGAUCAAACUCGAUGGAACACGACAUAUGAAAUGCUGAUUGCUGCUUCUGACUUGAAGGAGGUCUUUUCUUGCUUGGACACAUCUGACCCCGACUACAAGGAAGCCCCAUCCAUGGAAGUCUGGAAGCAGGUGGAGACUCUCUGCACAUUCUUGAAGCUGCUCUUUGAUGCUGCUUCCACACUGACUGCUCCAACCAUCCCAACCACAAACAGAUUUUUCCACGAAGCUUGGAAACUUCAGUUGGAGCUAGCACGUGCUGUCCAGGGUGAGGACCCCUUCAUCAGCAACAUUACCAAGCCAAUGCAAGAAAAAUUUGAUAAAUACUGGAAGGACUGCUGUCUGGUUUUGGCUAUUGCAGUAAUUAUGGAUCCUAGGUUCAAGAUGAAGCUCGUUGAGUUUAGUUUCACGAAGAUCUAUGGGAAUGAUGCAGCUACAUAUGUGAAGCUUGUUGACGAUGGAAUCCAUGAGCUCUUUCUUGAGUACGUCGCGCUUCCUCUGCCUCUAACCCCAGCUUACAUGGCCGAAGCAAGUGGUGGGAACCCAAAGCCUGACGACGCCCAAGGAGGUUCUGGUCUUAUAAACGAUGAACUUGGGCUCACAGAUUUCGACAUGUAUAUCAUGGAGACGACCAGCCAGCAGUCCAGGUCAGAGUUGGACGAAUAUCUGCAGGAAUCCUUGUUGCCCCGCGUGCACGAAUUCGAUGUCCUGGGCUGGUGGAAGCUAAACAAGACAAAGUACCCAACUCUCUCCAAGAUGGCUCGCGACAUCUUGACAAUUCCAUUGUGCACCCUUGGCCCAGAAUCCGUUUUCGAUACUGUGAGAAAAGAGAUGGACAGCUACAGGUGUUCCCUGCGGCCAGAGACACUAGAGGCCCUCGUAUGUGCCAAGGAUUGGCUCAAAGAUGAACCGGUGGACACCUCGAAAGCGCUUGUGAAAAUGGAAUUCCCGAUAUAGGCAGGCAGGCUCUCUCUUAGAGUUGGAUUUUGUGUAUUUAUUGUAGGUUGUUGAAUCUCUUAUUGCUAGACCUUGUAAUAGAACCUCCUCCUUUCUUCACUCUGCAGUCAGAUGUAUUACCGUCUGGUGAAAGUACAUUGUACCAUUAUGAGAGACAAAUUCAGGUGCUUGGACAUA